UCUAAAAUGGUGGUCGGAUAGUCGCUUUCCUCUCAUCCGAAAAUUGUAGCCGUUAGCGCGUCACACUUUCAAAUUUAAAGCUCAAUCGCUAUCUUGAUAGUGAUCCUCUCUUUUAUCUCACAACCUCAGAAAACACACACAACCCUCACCAAUGCAGACGGCUCGGUCUUCCCUCGCCGGAGAUCAGAAUCUCCGGCUAAAAUCCGGCCGGAGGCCUCUCCAGCCGAAGAACUGUCCGGCGAACCCCGUUCCCCACUCCACGCCCAUCACCAAGCCGAAGCAGGAACCGAUCGAGAUCUCAGUGGCCGUCGACGACCGCAACAAGGAGAACCGUUCAAUCUACUCGACUCCUCCGGCGAAAAUCGACUCGCUGGAUGCGUCGCUCGCGGAGGAGCUGAGCGCCAUCAGGAAGAAGCUCGAUAGGCUGAGAUCGGACCGAGAGAGAACAGAGAAGAUGCUCAGAGAGAGAGACAUGGUUUUAGAGCUGAAUAUGAAGGAACUGGAAGAGCGAGGAGAGAUCCAGAAGAAGCUCGAGAUCGAGGUCGAUAGGUUGUACAGAUUGAAUGAACUCAAAUCUCACAGUAUGCGAGUUUCUCCGAUCCGAUCUCUCAGAGAGAAAGAACAAGUAAAGAAGAUCAACGAAGGACAAUCACCGGAACUGAAAUUUGUUGGUGAAAGCGUAACGCAGAGUCCAGGUUCAGCUUCUUCAGGAAUUGUAGUAGAGAAAUGAUAAAAUUCCCUCUUCCACAUUUGUAUUUGAAUUUUUUUCGGUUCUGUUUGAGUCUUGCUUUUUCUUUCACUUGGUUCAUGAUUUCCUCCAUUGUAGAUUUGGGAAAUUUUUGAGAAAGAAAAUAAUAUAAUACCUCGUUAUGUAUCUGUUUGGAGUUGAAA